AGUUUUCCUGCUAACAAUACAGGAAAAAAUGUAAAUAGCAACAAUGGUUGACCUUUGUUGUGUUUCUAUUUAAAUGAAACUUUAAUUGAAUCAUCCUUAAGACCUGCAGAUCUAAUCAGCCAACAACCCACCCGCUUUGCAUCAACAGCUGAGCUGAAUUGAUCUAUUUUCGUGUUGAUGUGCUUCAAGAGCUUAAGCUGGUCGAUCAUCAGGCAUCUGUGCAUUGUGAAACAACAGUGAGCGGUUAAAUAGAAAGACAUGCAGCUUUUCCACAUUUCUUUCUUCCUGUAAAGAAAAGUUUACUCGUGUCGAACAGAUCGGGGCUCCCUCUGCUGUGGGCAUCAGCUCUUGCUCUCCAUCAUGGUUCAGAAGGUGGCGGUGAUCGGUGCCGGCCCCUGUGGUCUGAGCAGCAUUAAAGCCUGCUUGGACGAAGGCCUGGAGCCAACAUGCUUUGAAAGCAGCAAUGAUAUUGGGGGACUGUGGAGAUACAAGGAGAAGCCAGAGCCUGGGCGUGCAAACAUCUACAAAUCGGUGAUAAUUAACACCUCAAAAGAGAUGAUGGCUUUCAGCGACUUCCCCCCUCUUGCAGAGUUCCCCAACAACAUGCACAACAGCGAGAUCCUGCUUUACCUGCGCCUUUACGCUCAGACCUUUAAACUGCUGCAGCACAUCAUUUGGCAGACAACGGUGAUCAGCGUGAGGCAGAGGCCAGACUUCCAUGCGACAGGGCAGUGGGACGUGGAGACGGAGACUUCAGAGGGUCAGAGGGAGACGCAGGUUUUUGACGCCGUCAUGGUUUGUACGGGACAUUACACCCAGCCGCAUCUGCCGCUCAGCGACUUCCCAGGUAUUGAGAGCUUCAAGGGGAGAUAUUUCCACAGCUGGGAAUACCGCAGCGCCAAGGGUCUGGAGGGGAAGAGAGUGGUCGUGGUUGGAAUUGGAAACUCUGGUUGUGACAUUGCUGUGGAUAUCAGUAGAGUUGCAGAGCGGGUGUACCUCAGCACCAGGACAGGAGCGUGGGUAAUUGGCCGUGUGGGACCAGGAGGCCUUCCCUUUGAUGUUGCUUGGAGUUCCAGACUGCUUUAUUGGAUGGUUAAGCUGUUUCCCACAUGGAGUAACUGGAUGCUGGAGAAGAAGCUGAAUGAAUUCUUUGACCACAAAUUAUACGGCCUCAAACCUAAACACAGGUUUUGGGCACAGCUUCCAGUGGUGAAUGAUGACCUGCCGGCGCGGAUCAUCUCGGGUCGUGUUCAGGUGAAACCCAUUGUGAGGGAGUUCAGUGAGACCAGUGUGGUCUUUGCUGACGGGAGCAUCAUAGACCAGGUGGAUGUUGUGGUGUUUGCCACAGGGUACAACUACUGCUUCCCUUUCCUGCCCCCGAAACUUCAAACUAAAUGCGGCUACAGGCUGCGCCUCUACAAGCACGUCAUCCCACCUGCGCUUGCCCAGCCAACGCUAGCAGUGGUGGGCUUCAUCAGUGGCUUCGGUGCCAUCAACCACAUGGCGGAGUUGCAGGCGCGCUGGGCCACAAGAGUGUUUAAAGGCUUAAUAUCCCUCCCAGCAGAGGAUAUGAUGAUGAAGGAAACUGAGACGGAAACGGCAACAAUGCACCAGAAGUUUGCAUGCUCAGAGCGCAACCCCAUAUAUGUGGACAACCUGUCCUACAUGGACUCUCUGGCUGAGCAGGUGGGAGCAAAGCCAGACAUACUGCGGCUCUUUUUAACAGACCCCACACUGGCGCUGCAGGUCCUCUUGGGGCCCUGCACUUCGUACCAGUACCGCCUGAGCGGACCCGGGAGUUGGGCUGGAGCCCGUCAAGCUAUUCUCACACAGACGCAGCGCAUCGUUCGGCCUUUCAGAACCAGACUGGUUUCAGACGAUCCAGAACAUGAGACGACGUCUAGGCUGAGCAUCCUGAUGGCUUUUAUUGCAGGAGCUGCCCUGCUGUCUUACUUGUUCUGCGAUUGGCACCUUCCGUUUCGUUCCCUCUAAUUUC